CUACCAGCAGAACAAGCAUUGGGAGUGUGUAGUGUCCAUUGUAGUGUGUAGUAGAUUCGCUUUGGUAUCCAUUAGCGCGACACUCUGUGUGGAGGUAUGUUCCUAGCUACAGCAAUGUGCUGUAGUAUUUUCUGAACAGAAGCAAGUAGUAGCAGCAUCUGAUCUAGUCCAGCCGAUGGUAGUUCAAAUUCAAAGUCUAGUCCGGAAGGUGGUGCAGCCACCGCACUGUGGACGAGAUAAAGCAAAAGUGCGAGGAGCUGUGAGGAAACGUGCUGUCUCAGUAGAGACGCGAGAGCCAACAAAUUUGAAUCUUCCAAAGACGAGGUAGCACAGAAUGUCGUUUCGCACCCUCGAGCAGACGCAUCUGUACGUCAUCUGCCUCGAAUCCUUCGAGAUCGUGGCUCCAGACGCGAAUCUUCUUGGCAGCAGCUUCCUCGCGACAUGGUACUCUGACUCUGUAAUUUCUACGACCUCGCUUUCGCUGUGCUUCAUCUUCAUUUUUUCUCUACAUCCUUCUUGUCGUUCAGACUGAGGGUCGUUCUUGUGCAUAAAGAUAAAGUCUACAACAUAGUACAUCUACAUAUGCAAUUUCAUCAAAUGUUCUUCCUGAAACAACUUUGCAGGCAGCUCGAGAGCGCAACGAAAAGCACGGACUACGGAGCGGAGGACGCAACACGAGUCCGGGUCCGGCGGUAUACCACCUCGCGCAAUGGCGAGAACACGCACUACCUGAAUUUCGUCGUUUUUCUCAGCGUGCACGACCGCAAGAAAGAGGAAGACAGCGAGUACGUCCACUUGGAGCUGACCGACGGGGUGACGAAUGCGACGAUUUGUUCCACAGACAUUCGGCUGCAGGACUUCGCACAAACGGACAAUUUUGAACCCGCGCACGUGGAGCUGUACUCGCCCGGGGACGAUGCGACCGCGGGAGUUGUCGCCAGAGCCGUUAUUUCGUCCGCGCGGCAGACCCGCGUCGUGUCUGAGGAGGAGCUGCCACACAGCAGCCAAGAUGUUGAAAAGGUUCCCACCGACGAGCCGGAGGUGGCCUUUUUCGUGGAGGAGCUGGAUGCCCAAGUAUAAUUUCCUUGGGAAUUUUUGUUCGUGCGAGAUCUUGUGUGUGUGCUCAAGUUUCUCCUCUCGAAGAAGUGUCAUCGAGACUGGAAGGGAAAACGAGUUUUGUUUUGCCCGAUUCGAAUUUGACACUGGUUCUGCCAUACCGAUCUUUAGCGAAUAAUAAACGUCCAAAAUUUUAUCCAGGUAUGGCAUCUUUUCAGCACGUGUUACCCGGAGCAGGCACAGGAAUACGUGGACCAAGCGCAACAGGAAUCGUCCCAAGAUCCUCACAACUUCGCCGUCGACCAUUUGUCCACCAUUCACGAGGGUCCGGAGUCCCCAGGCAGUGUCGAGCUGGACCAGCUAGGGAUUAGCAUCGAGCGGGAAAGGCGCUCGGCUUCCCCGUCACCCCCGCCGCAUGGAAUAGGUUCGGUGGAGCACGAACAGGAGGGGCAAACCGCGACUGCAGGAGAUGAAGGUGGCGCCGAGCGAGACGAUGUGAUCGUCGAAGAUGUUGAAAUAGAACAUCAAGAAGAAGGUGGCCUGGAGGUGGACGACCGCGGAGCGCUGCUGAGUGACGCUUUCGGGGUGCUGGAGGGCAAGGAGCCAUCCAGGCCCGGAUCGAGGAAAACAUCGCCGACCGAGCAACAGAAAUUCUACCAAACGCCGAUAGAUCUGGUUAACGCAGGGGGCGGACCAUCUUCGCGCACUGUGGGGGCGCAGGAAGUCGUGUCUCUGGGGUCUGAGUCGAAUCAAAGCUCCAUUUUACCUGAGGACGACGACGAUGACGACAAUUUGCCGCUGCCCCCAAUUAGUCCGGAGUUGCCGACAGUCAAGAUCGUGCAACUACGAAAGUCGCCUGAGCAAGGUGGAGCGCCUUUAUUCUCGCAGGCGGACGACAGGAGUCGAGCGCAAGACGCUCCUCCGCACGGCGAGAAAGCUGCCGAGAGGCACCUCUCCUUCUCUACUUCGCGCGGAUCACCGCCUCUCAACGAAAUGCCGCCAGGGCGGCGAGACUUGAGCGUGAGCCACCGUGGGUUGAUCGAGAUUGACAUGCGAAGUGGGGCAAGCCCAAGCGAGGUCAACACUGGAGUUGCAAGCAGCUCAUCUUCUGGACCAGCUGUUCGCAAAAUCUCCUCGAAACCGCCGACACCAGAUAGGACCGUGGAAGUACAACAGAGGCCACAGGACGAGAGGUCAAAGCCUCUAACUCCCGAGGUCAUCAAGGAGCGCCCGGUGCGGCGCAGGUCAGGCGCUGGAUUAUCUUCUUCACGAGGUGCGGAUUCAAAUGUGGACUUCGCGCAGCCACCAACGGAAGACGACCUGCACCUUUCGGAGCAGAAGAGUCAGCACGUCGUCGAUUUGGUUCACGAUUUGUCGAGCUUUACGAUGAAUUCUUCGGCCGGCUGUGCGGACGUGCAGACUCUGCACCAAACAAACUUUCAGACCGGGGGCUCGAGUUCCAGCACCAGUGCCUGCUCGUCUUCCACCACUGUCGGACCUCCAGCACCGCUCGUCACCGAUAACCUGAAUCGGUCCGACACCAGUGCGCGGACCGCGUCGCCGGAUUCCGCGACCAAGAUCUUCGGCGGAUCAGCGACUUCGACGCCCGCUGUGGCGACUGCGCCGCCGACACUGCUCAAGCAGCACCAAAGCUCCAACUCCGGUGCUGCCUUGACCAGCACUCCGACCUUGCAGAACACCAUUCUGCGACGCGACCACCAAUUGCUCUCCGACGACACGCUGGCCCAAACGAUUCUGCCGGGUACGAGCAACCUCAAUCAAAACGAGUCUUUGACGAGAAGCGUGAACACGGUUCUGCCUGACACCGAAUACAACGACAGCGUCAGCGGCGCCGCGACGAUUGUGAAUCCGAACAAGAGCCAACUGCUGGACAACAGCGUGCAAAGCCUGUUCAGUGGUGAAACUGCGAGACGAAUCUUGACGCCGGACCAAUCCUCGCGAACUGGGCCGGUGAGCAACCUUGCGUCGACUGGUGGACAGCAGUACAUCCGCGGUGGCACCGGCGCCAACCUGCUGCGAGCCAACUAUUACGCGAAGCAGGUCGACGACGAGCGAAAAAUCGAAGUCCAGAAAACUAGCAUGGCAGGAAGCGGAGUUUAUUCCGACCCGCCCGCUGCACAAGCUGCGACUUCAUCCUCCAGAGCCGCUCGGCUUCGAAGUCCCGUGUUUCCACCCGAUGAACAAGAAUUUCGCUUCCAGGAGUCGUUACAACAGGAGGUGGAAGUAGACGCCAAGCCCCCAAGUUUCGCCGAGGCGCAAAUGCGUUCGAAAGAGAGCAAUCGCUCGGAGCGCCCUGCAAAUCGAAAACUCGGGACAUCGAAGAGCACAAGUCCCAUGGACAUCUGGCCGACUGCGUCAAAGGAAAGCGCGAGUGUCCAGCACCAGCAGGAGCCGCAAGUUCUCGGCGACCAGGAUCUGCGGGGCAGCCUGAACGUGAGCGAUUUCAUCGUCAAGGCUGCAACUGAGGAGAGGAAAGAACAACAAUCAGGAGGGCAGGAGCCACCCGCUACACAAGCAAAGGAGGGGCAAGGGGUCACCUUAUUGAAGACCAAUAAGCCGCGGGACAUCCGCGUCGAUCAAGCUACGACUUUUGCCUCUCACGACAGCGCACGCUUCGCAUCACGAGAGCAAGACGAUAAUUAUCAUCCAGCAGGAGCACCUGCGGCUUCCAAUCAAAUGAGCAAGCGCGUGCAGCAAGCCAUUAUGCAGAACAGGAACCCUCCUCGGUACAACUACGAGAACGAACAGCCGCGCCGGGUCUCGGUCCAGUCGUUGCACACCGAGUACGAUAGUCCCGGAGAGCAGGAGGGGCGGGAAGUCGUGACGCAGAGUGUAGUGCACCAACAGGGUGCUUCUGCAACUUCAAACCAGCACCAGCUGCAAACAAUCGGGAAUAAUGGCAAUUCCUCCUCCUCCUCGACAACCGGGCAAAGGACGGACUCGCAGCACUCAACGGAAGUUUCUAAGGACCGCAUCAUCUGGACUGGUUGGGAGGAGCCAGCGCCGACAUUUUCCCUGAUGGCGCCGGAUUCACCGCACGAGCUGCAAUUUUCCGGCCGGAAAACGCGAUCGCGAAAGGGAUCGGAGGACCUGGCGAGCGCGAGCGGAGUUGUGGUGCCGCAGGUCCUUGGGGCUCAACCCCCGACGUCUUUGACUCCGCCCGUGCUCGCGCAGCCGCAAUUCGGAGCUGCAAAGCCUCUACCUACAUCAUCCGCAGAGGGUGGACGCGGAGACGUGGACAACUUGCUCUUUUCGUCCGGUACAAGCGGGCCCUCGUCGGCGGUUCAAGUUCCGCGCGAUGGACUUCUGCUGCCUCCGCCGCUGCCGCCGACAAAAGCAGCGUCCUCCGCCAGUUGUUCGUCUUCGUCCGCCAUUUCGAUGAAGAAUGCAGGACAGCAAGCUGCGCCUGCCCGCGUGGUGAUGGAUCGACCGCGCUCCGCGCGACGGCCCAUUACGCCCGCAGCCGCGACUACUACUACAGCAACCCAACCCGCGUUUCUGCAGCAGACGCCGCCCUUGCCACCAGAUGGCGACACCAGGCUCAAGAACACCGCGGUGAUUUUUGACCCCGGUCUCCCACCACGCGGACCACCAACAACUGGAGGCUCUGCCACAGCGGUGCCCGAUGUGGGGCCACCUGUUUUGAUUCAACGAGAAGCAAUAGCGAUAGCAAAGGAGCAAAGUGCCGGUGUACUGCAGGAGCAUGAAAAUGCUGCCUUUCACGACACAGCAGUGGUAGCGCCCCCGACGCCGACGCGCAUGACGGAACUGAUUCAGAAAAACAUGCCAACGCUGCAGCAUUACGUGUCGUCCCCGCUGCGCAAGCCAGAGACGGAGGAUGAUUUGCAGAGGAGUCAGAAGAUCCACGAAAAGAUCAACAAGGUCGCUGGCAUGCUGGAAACUCAGUUGGGUUCUCCUGUAGGAGCUGCGACUGCUUCUAGUACAGCAGCAAAGGCGGCCGGGGCCAUUCGGAGAAACAAGUCUUCGCCGCCAAAAACGCGGCUAAAUCAGCGCGUUGUCCAGCAUGUGCGCGCCCGGCCGCCUGCGGGUCCGGCCGGCGCCUCCAGGGCGAAUGCUCAAGCAGAAGAAAGACAACAGCAGGAGGAGAAGAACUUUGAAGAGCAGAUUCCCAUGGUAAAACAGGUCGAUCAAUCCGCAUCCCUUGAUGACACCGAAAACGAACUCACCCCUUCGUACGCUCAACACACCGCCUCUUCCAAGCGGAAGCUGUCCUACGGAGGCGGGCGAGGAUCGGCAAUUCCUGUUUCCGACAUUCAUCCCGGCCAGCACCCUGAUGUGAGCAACCAAAAUGACGUGACGAACGAUAGUAGCGUCCUUGCAGAGGAGUCGGCGCGGGCGUCCAACACCUCCCUUCCGCGCUACAUGCUUCCGCGAAGCAAUUCGCCGCGGAAGAGAAGGCACAACGUCGUCGAGAUCGGAGCCGAGCAACACGCUUCGUCCUCAACCUCCGCCACGACCAGACACCGCGUUGCCUCUCGUGGUGCUUCCGGUCCGCCACAUGCUGGCCACCAGCGGGCGGUACCACGGCAAACGAGGCUGAGCCUGAUCCAGCAUUUGCGGGAUGACGAAGACGACGACGAGGCGGGUAUCCCCUCGAUCCGCGAACCCCAGUUCAAACCGCCGGACCGGACGUUCAGCUUCGCGGCGCAAGGUGGGAUGGCGCUCGCGAGUGGCGGCUUGGCGGCUGCCGCGUCAUCAAGCAGACCGGGCUCUGCGACGGCAUCAUCAUCGUCCACCGGGCCGAUGUUGUCCGACCAACAGAAUGCAAACUUCCCCGUAACAACUUCUUCAAGAAGACCCAGCCACGAGAGCAGCGUCGGGAGUAGGAGCUUCCUGCAGCAACACAGCCAACAGCACUUUCCCCCAUCUCUGCAACGGCCGUCGCCAACGUCCGACCCUACUGGAACGACCGCCAGAUUGGUGCCCCCGGUCCAAAAUUUUCCACUUAAUGGGUAUUCUUCGGGUAGUGCCAUGAGCAGCAAGAAUCCCACCUUCGUGUCCGUGUCCUCUUCGCCACACGAGCAGAAUUUCGGCGGCCAGCAGGAGCAGCACCAGCAGGCCCAACACAUGGACGAGCAGGAACGGAAAAUCGUGGAAUUACAGCGCCAGCUGCACGAAAUGAAGAUGCAAAUUCAGCAGAGGAAACAAGCUGGAGCAGUCGGAGGAGCGCAUGUUGUUGAGCAGCAGUUUGCAGCACAGCCACGAGCAUUCCCACCGCAAACUCUGUACCAACGACCGCUCGCUGGAAAUUCAAAUUCUGGCUCCGCGUCCGCCUCGUCGACAAGUACAUUCAUUUCUUUUCGCGUUUGGUUUGAGAAGAUCAUGUCACAUUUCGCUCUGUUUCGUUGCCAGCAUCAACUCUGCUAGGUGCGUGAACAGCAAAGAUACAAAUGCGAAAAAAAAACUCCUCGUGCUCUGCUUCCUGUACUUAAAACUCUGAGUCUCAUCAGUCAACAACAUUUUGGCAUUCAUUCACUCAUCAUCGUCUACAUGCAAUGCUCUUCACAGCACCGCGAAGCGCCACGGGCUUUGCGAAUACACCAGCACCGCGGCAGCAUGUAGAGCACUGGACGUCUGCAACAGCCCACUCCAGUCGCGGCUAUCACACGGAAGAGGAAGCAUCGAUGCGCAUGCCUUCUAACGAAGCUGGCGGGAGCUCUCACCGUACUUAUCAUAUCUGAUCAUAAUGCUGUAGAAAAGUAGACUGGAUGGCGCCCCAUUAGCGUAGGUUGUGCACACUCACAUCAGCAUUUUUACUCGUCAAGGUCAUGAUGUCAACUUCUUGAGCUUCUUCGUACUAAAAGUAGAAGUGGUGCCAGUGCCAGAUGAGGUCCAGUUCUACUUUUAUCGUUCUUCUUCCAUUGUCGAAGUUAUCAACGCACAACGUAGGUUCUGGCUCUUUGCGACCACGCACCCCUCGCGAUCCGCCGCGUGUGCACAUGCAGCCCUCGGAUCCGAGCGGACCAGCACCACUACCGCCGUCGAGACCUUCCGGUCCUCCGUCGUUCGUUACACGUCCUUCACCUGUGCAGCAACAGGCUCACAUCCAUGGGAGUCACCAGGACCACUUCGGAGCUACCCACUACGCGCCCCAGGUGGAUCGUGCAGCGGCCAUUGCUCAGUUGGUCGGGAGUGCUACACCAGCCGGCGUUGCUUCGACCAGUGCCGACCGUUACAGCUACGCAGCUCAACAACAGCAGCUCGCCGCACAUGCCCAACCCCCAGCACCCCGUCCUGCCGCAGAGCAACAUUUUCCACAACGUAACCAACUUCAUUUUCUAGAACAACAGAAAGCUGCUCAUUACCCCCCACCUGGACCCAGAUUGCGACAAGAGCUCCAGCCCCCCGCUUUCGUGCAGCAAAUGAACAACGAGCGACAUCAUCACAACUUCGGCGACAACGUAGCACCAACGGCAAGAGGACAACACCACGACCCGAAUUCCCACAUAAGAGGAGGCCCCUCUCCUCCUGGCUCCGGAGCCGCUAUGAAAGCGCACUACCCGCGACCUUUGAUGGCAGCAGCUGCCGGGGCAGGUGCGACGACAGCAUUGCCGCGCGGUGGUGGAGCGAUGCCAGGAGCGUCCAAUCAUCAUACUGAUUUGUUUGUGGACAUUGACGACCAACUUCACCACGCUCGUGUUCCGCAAAUUGGCGUUCCCAGGCUCAUGCGCGAGCACGACUUUCAGCAACGUUCCGAAUCGCACGGGUCGACGUAUGGGAUUUGACUUCACGACCACCCACGGAAAGCAUUGCUAUAAGUUGUCUGUUACAUACACGGCGAGCGACUUUAGCAUCUCCAGCGUGUACUCAGUCGCUGAGUUCCAUGAAGUUUUUUUGAAACUACCUCAUGGGGUGGCGCUCCUCCUUUUAGGUCGUCACAACAGAAAAUUCUACACGCGGCAUCGAUCUGCGUCACCGUCGAGUUCUGGUGCAUGUGAACGAAACGGCUUUGGUAUAAGACAUCUGACGUUGACGAGGCCGGGGAUGCUUGACUGAAAGACGAUGAAUAUACUUCAGCGACAAAGAAAGCGACCAAAAACUAAAACAUAUGAAAACGCGUUGCAGUAUGUGCAACUGUGGUCAAGGGGAAGGGCAUAAGCGCCAGAUACCGUCGAGAAACGUACCACGUUGAGUUCUGGUAGGUGGCGUGACAAACAUGAUGAAUGCUCUACUUCCCGAAAGCUCUGUGUAAUCAGUCUGCCGGUUGCGGAAUGCAAAGUAAGGCAGGAUCAUCAAAAGUUGAU